ACUAUUUGUUGGUCUGUGAGCGGUUUCAGUACUGGUGUGAGUUUGUGUGAGUACUGGUGAGGGUGUAAGGAGUUCUGUGGGCGGUCUUGUCAGAGUGUGUGAGUGGGUCUGACACCGCUACCUGUUCUCCUCUGUUCUAGAGGUGGUUUUUCAGACUGUUUUUCUUUCAUGUCUUUGGUCGUCUAAUUUGGCACAAUAACCUGGACAGUGAAUGCAAUGAACAAACUCUACUGUCCCAGAUCUUUCCCUCACUGCUAGUUUUGUCUCAUGAAGAGGUUGUGGAGAAGACCCAAGAGCCUCUUCCUUCAUCGCCUCAGACGGCCCCAUUCCAUUUAUAAACCACCAAAGCCGGCCACAGCCUGCUCACAAUCUGCUCCACCCCUCCACAGCCAGCCCGCAUCCCAUUUCUAGUCCUAUUCAACGUUCCAAUUCUACCUGUUCCAGUUGGCCCUGUCCCAUUCCCACUCACCUUACCUUUCUCUGAACCUAAUUGUCCCCUGAUGGGCCCCUUAUCAGACCGUUCCUCAACUCCACUACCAUCGGCGCUCACGUCCUGCCCCUAACAACCACCAGCCGCAUUGCUAUGGAGAUGAAACCACCUUCAACAACGAUGAUGAUGACGGAGAGGGAGAAUGACGGAGAGAGGGAGAAAGCAGAGGAAGAAAACGAGGGGACUAGGGAGAAUGGCAGACUGAUGCUGGCGGACGGCAGCCUUGGAGAUAAGGGGCCCAAGCUGACUUCCGGGCCGGGACAAGUGUCCAACGGCUUUCCCUCUUCCACCUCCCCCCAGAGCCCCAGGGAGGGGGGAGGGGGCAGCACAGGGGGCCAGGGGCCACUCAGGACGCUGGUGGUCCAGCAGACCAGUCUGGACCGUCCUCGUGAGACCUGGAGCAAGAAGAUGGACUUCCUGCUGUCUGUGAUUGGUUAUGCUGUGGACCUGGGGAACGUGUGGCGCUUCCCCUAUAUCUGCUACCAGAACGGUGGAGGGGCAUUCCUGCUGCCUUACCUGCUGAUGGCGGUGUUUGGAGGAGUGCCUCUGUUCUAUAUGGAGCUGGCACUGGGGCAGUUUCACCGCAGUGGGUGCAUCUCCAUCUGGAAACACAUCUGCCCCAUCUUCAAAGGUAUAGGCUUCGCCAUCUGCAUCAUAGCGCUGUACAUAGCCUUCUACUACAACACCAUCAUGGCUUGGGCUUUGUACUACCUCCUGUCGUCCUUCCGACCCACCCUGCCUUGGACCACCUGCUCCAACAGCUGGAACACGGUCAACUGCCUGCGCUACCUCUCCACUGACAAGAACGUCACCUGGACCAACUCCUCCACCUCACCCGCUGAGGAGUUCUAUACUCGCCAGGUGUUGCAGGUUCACCUGUCCCCAGGCCUCCACCAGCUGGGAGCUGUCAGCUGGCAGCUGGCCCUCUGUCUGCUCUUCAUCUUUACCAUCGUCUACUUCAGCAUCUGGAAGGGGGUGAAGACGUCCGGCAAGGUGGUGUGGGUGACAGCCACCUUCCCCUACCUGGUCCUCCUGAUCCUGCUCGUCCGUGGGGCUACUCUGCCUGGAGCCUGGAGGGGCGUGGUCUUCUAUCUCAAACCUGAUUGGGGGAAACUGCUCAGCACUGCGGUCUGGAUCGAUGCUGCAGCCCAGAUCUUCUUCUCCUUAGGGCCAGGCUUCGGGGUAUUGCUGGCCUUCGCCAGCUACAAUCCAUUCCACAACAACUGUUAUAAAGAUGCGUUGUUGACCAGCUCCGUGAACUGUCUGACCAGUUUCCUGUCCGGCUUUGUCAUAUUCACCGUGCUGGGCUACAUGGCUGAGAUGAGGCAGCAGGGCGUGGAGACAGUGGCCAAGGAUGCCGGCCCCAGUCUGCUGUUCAUCAUCUAUGCCGAGGCCAUCUCCAACAUGCCCGCAGCCACCUUCUUCGCCGUCAUCUUCUUCCUCAUGAUCAUCAUGCUGGGUUUGGACAGCACGUUUGCAGGUCUGGAGGGGGUGAUCACAGCCAUGCUGGAUGAGUUCCCUCACCUCCUGGCGAAGAGGAGAGAGUGGUUUGUCCUGGGCCUGGUGUGUGUCUGCUACCUAGGGGCCCUCUCCACACUCACAUAUGGCGGUGCAUUUGUGGUGAAGCUGUUUGAGGAGUACGCUACAGGGCCUGCUGUCAUAACUGUGGUCUUCCUGGAGGUCAUUGCGGUUUCCUGGUUCUAUGGCACCACGAGGUUUUGCAACGAUGUCAAACUGAUGCUGGGAUUCUCUCCAGGCUUGUUCUGGAGGGUCUGCUGGGUGGCCAUCUGCCCCUGCUUUCUACUGUUCAUCAUAGUCAGUUUCCUGGUCUUCCCUCCGGAGGUGACGCUGUUUGACUACCACUACCCAGCCUGGACCACCGUGCUGGGCUACUGCAUCGGCCUGUCCUCCUUCAUCUGUGUGCCCUCUUACAUGGUCUUCCACAUGCUCACCUCCAAGGGAACUUUGAAACAGCGUCUGCUGAAGGGGAUCACUCCGGAGGCCAGCUUUGGCUCUCAAAGAGACGGCCUCGUCACCAACGCAGUCUGACCUGGGGGGCUGUCUCCCUCUUCUGGACACAGAGCCCAGCUGCGAGACAGGGGGUGCCUGCCACCUCCGCCUGUCCUCCAGACUCCCCCCACCCUCAUCCUCCCCCAGCACUGAGGCACUCGCUCAGACCCCAAUCCCAGCCAGGAGAGGGGUCUCUGGCUUACUGAAUGCCCCCCCCUUCUUCUGACCUAGAUAAACCAGUGAUCAAUUUGCUCAUGCUGUUAGGGUUAGGGUAAGCAUCAAAAGUCCCUGUCUACAUGUGUAUUUCAGAGGCAUUCAUAGGUGGUAUAUUUUUUGGUGUCUCUACUCAUUUAGAUUCCAGAGUACAAUGUGUUCCUGCAUUGAAUCUCAACACAUUCAGCUCUACGCACACACACUUUCAUAAAAUGUAUAGCGUGUCUAUGGACGCACAAAAUGGAGAUGUAUGGCAUAUCCAUAGACACACAAAAACAUACCUCUGUAUUUUGCCAGGUUAAAUAAAGCCACAAAGCAUUUAUGUAGGUUCAUCAAUCACCCAUCUCACUACUAUCUGAGUUGAGUUCUACUAUUCUAGGUAUUCAUUGCAAAAUUCAGGUAUCUUUUUACAUGUCUAAAUGACGCCAAAUAUAUUACUUCAUAUGAUAUCUCUCCAGGGGUUACCAGCUAUGCUUUUAGGAUAACCGGCCUGUGUUGUGGGUUAGGCUUGGGGAUUGUGGGUUUGUGGUCUGAUCAAGUUUGGUUGGUUGGUUAGCCUGCAUGGCGUGUGGUUAUGACAAGAUCUCUGCAUGGUUGGUGCCAUACCAUGCCAUACCACAGUGCCAGCAAGAUACUGGUCAGGGGAGGGGCCAGACUGGCAGUACUGGUUUAUGGGAAUUGUAGUAAAGAGAAGGAGAAAUAAGGCGAAAGAUGACUUGAGAAUGUGUGUGUUUGUGUUUGUGUUUGUGUUUGUGUGUUUUGUGUGUGUGUGUGUGUGUGUGUGUGUGUGUGUGUGUGUGUGUGUGUAGCCAGGUCGAGCCCAGGAAAGGAACGAGAUUUGUGAAUGAGAGUUGUGUACAAAGUCAUCUAGGGGUCAUACUAUUGCAAUAUAAGAUGUACAUUUAUUUAAAGAACUAUUAUUGCUGUCGAAUCAAUGUAUGCUUUUACUUAUCUGUUCAUGUCAUUCACCAUAGCCUCCAACUAAUCACAACAUUUAGUUUUGUUUAGCAAUAUUUUGAUGCUCAUAUCUAAUUAUCAAUAGUGAAAACCAAAUAUUGAUCAUGGUCAAUCUCUGCACCUUCAUGUCUUUCCUUCAACACUCAGUGUCUGAAAAUCAACAUCACUCUUCUUUUCCUUUGACCAAAAAGGUUGUUGUGUAAGAAUGGAAGUACCCGUAUGAAAUUCUUCAGUACAUGUAUGUAGCCAGUCUUGAUAUAAAUGUGUAUAUCCCUUUAUCCUGUGAAAAUCUGUCUACCCCAUAAAUGAAGUGUGUGUGUGCAAACGCGUGUGUGCAUUUUUGUAUGUGUGUAUGCAGGUGUGCAUGUGUUUUUGUCUGAAUGCGUGUGCAUAUUUCCUAGUGAGUGCCUGUGUGUAUGCGCAUGUGAAUGCUGUGUGCUUUUGUAUUUGUGUGUGUGUGUAUACAUUACAAGCAGAAAUAAAGGUGAACCACUUUGUCAGCUGUGUCAGUGUGUGCAUGCAGAUGUGGGUAAAGUGUUUGAUGUGCGUCUGUGCAGUGAUCUUAAACUGACGUCUUGUUCUCGGCCAAUUAUCAAAUGACGUUUAGCUAAGUAACGUUUUUUUCUCUCUUGUACUUCUGAAGCCUAUCUAAAUAUAUAUAUAUGUCUGUAAAAGAUUGUAUUAAGAAAAAAGCCUGUAUAGAAUAAAGAUAUACAAAUAUAUGAAUUAAUAGAUAAAUAAAACAAAGAUAUACAGAAGUUAA